UCGAUGACGUAUUCUCUGGCAACAAAACCCGGAAAAAGUCUCUUUCGCUCAGAUGCGAUGUAAUAUUUGUCGUGCUUGCUUCAAGAUCCGUUACUUCAUCUUGAACAUUCACCGUUGAGUGAACAGAUCAGGACGUUUCCUUUGUGCAUGGGGCUUUUAAAGGCAGUGCGAGUUUAGGAGAUGAUUUGAUCAUGUGCGCUGCGGUACGCUUUCGGCACAGAGGAAUCAGUCACGCGCGCACUUCACUCCGUCUCUGCUGCUUUCCGGAAACUUUCUGAUUGAAGCAGAACAACACCAAAACACUCAACACAUCCACGGAGGCUCAGUUUGUAUACUGAACAAGAUCUGCAGUCUGGAUAUCAUGAGGCUGGCCGGACCUCUGCGUGCAGUCGCCGUCGUCCUCCUCGUAGGCUUGACUUGGCUUCUGGCAAGUUCCAUUCUAGGAGGAGAUAGUGGUUCGUUCAUGAAAAUCUUCUUUCCUGGUGCAGAAGAGGAGCCCACUCCAGAACCAUGGCAACACAAGUACAAGUGCGGCCUCUCGGCCCCAUGUCCUCCGAAACACCUCGCCUUCCGUUUGGUGUCCGGAGCUGCAAACGUUAUCGGACCCAAAUUCUGUCUGGAGGAUAAAAUUCUUAUCAGCAGUGUGAAGAACAAUGUUGGCAGAGGACUUAACGUCGCCUUGGUAAACGGGGUCACUGGAGAGCUUUUGGAAAUCCAAGCAUUUGACAUGUGGGAAGGAGAUGUGUCUGAUUUGCUGAAGUUUCUGCGACCUCUCCACGAAGGAACCCUGGUGUUUGUGGCAUCCUUCGACGAUCCAGCCACCAAGUUGAAUGAUGAGGCUCGGCGGCUCUUUGAGGAGUUGGGCAGCACGGCAAUAAAAGAGCUCGCGUUCAGGGACAGCUGGGUGUUUGUGGGAGCCAAAGGAAUAGAAAACAAAAGCCCGUUUGAGCAGCGAAUGAAGAACAGCAAAAGUAGUAAUAAGUACGAGGGCUGGCCGGAGUCUUUAGAGAUGGAUGGCUGCGUUCCUUUACGCACCCCACUAGAGAGCUAAUCUCUCGGACGAGCAACACACAAGGCAACGAACUUGACCACUGACUAAACUCUUGGGAUAAUACUACCUAAUCGGUUUCUAAUUGAUGGAAAUAUUCUGAUAUCUUUCUUGUAAAAGUGAGCCUGUAACAGGACAGCAAAUGGAGAAAGAAGAAAAACACUUCUUUCCAUGAAGUAUGCAGAAUACUAGUUAUGUAAAAGGCUAAAAAAAAAUGUACAGCAUGUACAUUUCCAUGUCACUAUUCCAUACCUCCGUUGACCAGUGGUACUUUGUGCUUUCUGGAUAAAUGUGUAAUAUAUAGAAACAUUUUUAGUAACUGGUGUUAUUGUUAGGCAAUAAGUAAUGCCUGUCUUUUGUGUUCAAUUUUGAAUAUUUUUGUUUUUUGCCAUAAUUUAAAUGAAGUGUGGCUUAAUGAUGCUGUGAAAGUCAUAUGAACCUUAUGAUUAACAUUUUAUUUUAUUUUUUUCUUUCCUCAUUUUAUAGUAAACAUAAGAAAAUGACUGUGUUGCAUUUUAGGUAGAGCUGUUCAAAUUAAACAUGAACGUGGUAUUACACAAACUCAAUAAGCCUGGUACUAAAAUAAGUUGUUUAUUUUAAGUCUUGUCAACGGGUCAUAGGUGGUGGAGUUAUGAGCCCGUGGCCACUAGAGGGCGACAUAGAAUCAAGAAUGUGUAUAAAGUCGAACAAUGUCCAAAAACAACAAUUUUUUUUGUAUAUACAGUAUGGAGAUGGCAAUGCUUAUUUUAUUAAUCCCCAUUAAAAACAUAGAAUAGAUUUUAUUGACACAUGACUGACUGCUUGGGUUUAUAGUGAUGAGAGUUGAGCUCCCUAUCAGAUAUUACAUAAACUGUUCAACUUUAUAGCUAUUUAUUAUUGUGUGCGCGCAGUGUUAAGGUAUGAGAGGUUUUUUUUUUUUUUUUUUGGGAUGCAAGAUGCUUCAGUGUGUGUUUGCCUUACACCUCCAGGGUCAGGGCUUCAAUUCCCACUUCCACCAUGUGUGUGGAGUUUGUAUGUUGUCUGGUGGUGCAAGGGUUUCCUCACGGUACCUCUGGGAUUUCCUCCUCCAUUCCAAAGACAUGCAUUGUAGCCUGAUUGGCUGAGUGUGGAUGGGUGUGUGAGUGUUUGUAUGAUUGUACAUUGUGAUAGACUGCCAUCCUGUUCAGACCCAGACCCAGUAGAAUAAACAGUAAAGAGGAUGGAUGGAUAGAAGGUGCUUCAGAUAACAUCCUUUAUUAGCUAUGCUAGCAAAGUGUAAGAGUGUUGACCUGUGUGGACCUUUUGUGUGUUUUUUUUUUUUUUUUUUUCUGGUGGAUCAGAUGGUAUGGAGGGUUUAUACAUUUUUAGAUGCCUACAGAGAUGUUCUAUGGUUUUUGACUGGCACACUCCAAAGAGACCAAAAUGACACCAGUAUUCUCUUGGCUGUAUGCUUUGGGUUGAUGUAAUGCUGAAAUGUAAACCUUUAUUUCCGAAAAUACCACAACAUUUUCUGUGCCAAUGCAUGAAAAAGCAUUCCGACUACAAAAAAACCAUUCCCAGUUAACAGCUAUAAAGUGAUCUGUGUUCUCCAAAAGCCUUAGAUGUAUACUAAAAGCUCUAUCUCCAAUGAAUUCAUUGCUUUACAUUAAAGAAUGCGAGUAACAUCUUUCUGAUACCAGCUUUUAUAGAUAUAUUGACAAUAUCACUCUGCACUAAAGACUCCUCCAUCCAGUCUCCUAUCACUACCACUGUUUCAGCAGGACAUUUCCAUGACUCUUCUCUCAUCCAUGGAUGCCCCCAGUUUCGGAAAGACAUUUAGACAUAGUUGAUAUCUUUUUUUUUUUCUUCCAAUUUGAUUUUAAAGCAUCAGCAUUGCCAGUAAAAAUGUAAUGAUUUCAACUACACAAAAAUAAAUGUAACGUUCUAUUA